UAAAGCGGCAGCUUCCGGAUGGAACCAGAGCGCUCUAAAGGGGGCAUUUUUCAUGGCUCUAAAUGAACAAAUCAAGGAUGAACUUGCUACCCUCGAUGAACCAGCUUCCCUUGACGAUUUUAUUCGUCUCGCCAUCAGAUUAGAUAACAGAAUCCGAGCCAGAAACAGCUCCAAGAAGCAAAGUAAAUUUUCCUCUGCCACUCAUAACAUGGCUGUUCUCUCUCCCUCUACAGAGCAGAUGCCCACACAGAGUUCUAAGCCACAGACUCUAUCGUUGCCUGUUCAGGCCUCUCAUUCAGGCGAAAGGGACAAUGAGCCUAUGCAGGUGGAACACACUAGGCUUUCUCCUGAGGAGAGACAGAGGCGUUUUCUUGGAAAACUUUGCAUAUACUGUGGCUGUGAGCGCAAUCUAAUCGACUCUGAGCUCGUCCAGCAGCUUCAGAUUAAAACCAUUCCCCUGUCUCAGCCUCUCAGUGUGUCUGCCAUAGACGGAAAGAGACUCCAUCGUGUUACCCACCAAACCCAGACGACUCAGAUCAAAGAAUACACCCUUGUGCCUAUUUUUCCCGUAAGCUCUCCUCUGCUGAACAAAAUUACGAUCUGGGUGAUCAGACACCUGAACCUGUCCUCCCAGCCUCAUGCACCGUUGGAGUGGUCAACUGGGAAAUAA